CGUCGCGGCCCCACAGUCGCGUCGGCGCUCCGUUCGCCAGCCGUCGUCAAACUUGUUCCUCCUUCGGGCCCGUAACGUGUCUCAGUUAUUUCACCCGAUGAUGUGCAAACCGUAGAUUUCGAAACUCGUAAUCUGCAAAUUCGAGGGGUACGCGAGUGUCUGAAUUCGCAUUGGAUCCACUGCUCGGGGUCCUUAGCGGUCCCCGAGAGGACCGCGAUGUCUCUGCGCACCGCGGCGGGCCCAAGCCCGACUUGAGAGGACGACUGAAGAAGAUAGACUACCAACCGAUUCGUGAGCAACGUCCCAAAAAAUUAAUUGCCCCUUGAUGAUACUGUUAAUGUCGAAAUAAUAACAAUCGGCUUAACAAAUAUUAUUAGAGAAUUUCGUAACAAAAUAUUGUUGCAAUAAUUAAAUUAAAUUAAAUAACAAAUAAUUAUUACUCGAAAAUCAAGAGAAAGUAGCGACUACCAGUCGAUUCGCCACGGGAUCUCGGAAGAAUUAUACACGAUGUGCGCGCGAUGUCGGAGACUCCAGUAAUUUUCCAUUUUCGUAGUUUAGAAUUGACUCGUAUAUUUGCAAUCGCAAGCUCUGAUUGAAAUAAGAAUGCGAGAACAUGUGGAGCAAGUUUGUAAGCAAAGGUGCAAAGGAUGAAAAGUAGAAAAGAUGCGUGAAGAGAAAACAGACUUGCGUGAUCAACGAAAGGGAUGCGAUAAUAAUGUAUGCGGUUCGAGGAUAAACACUGACUUUAUCAGCAAUUCUCAGCACUAUCUUUGAACUGGACGAUCUGCGCGUCCGACUCCAGCAACAAAUUGGAUCUCCGCUUCGGAGGACCAUAUUUAGAUCUGACUGUCGACGAAUAGUAAUUUCUUCUAAUGAAUACAAAUUAGAUGGAUGAUUGCGUUAAAAUCGACGAAGUGUGCGUAUCUUGUAAAUAUCGAGUGAUCUGUGAAUACCGAGACGAUUCGAGUGAGAUCGCAGUGAGAACCGGAUGAGACGUGUCGAAUGGAGUGACGCUGAUAUUUCUCGCAGAUCAUCGUCAUCGUGGAUCAUCGAUGUAGCGCGAUGUCGGCCUGGUGGCCUGUCGUGGCGGCGACGCUGUGCUUCUGGAUAUGCGCUGGGAGCCAAUUGAGCGAUAAUACACCGCCCAUAAUGUGGCUGGAUCGGAACUGGAGGCUUCCGGAGACUGAGCCGGUGGGGAACGUCAUAACCAGGGUUCGCGCCGAGGACAACGAGCAAGACAAGUUGACUUACGGUCUGGAGCCGCACGAUCAUUACAACGGAAAUAACAAGCCUCAGCCGCCAUUACCUUUCUUCAUCGAUAACAGGACCGGCAUAGUUUUUCUCAACGAAACUCUCAAAGGGAGAGCAGGCCAGAACCUGUUACUCUAUGUGACCGUUUCUGACGGUCAGCUCACAGCGAAGACUGAGGUUUACGUCAACAUCGAGAACGCAUCGGCACCGAAUCGGGGAAAGACAAGGAUACCAUAUCCAAAUCAACACGGUGCCGGUGGCCGGAUACGACCGCCCUUCGGGAUACCAAAUAUCGGGAUACCAAAUCUGCCGAACUUUCCCUCGCCUUUACCUCCCUUACCACCGAAACAGUAUCAUCCUGAAACCACAAAACUCGAGAUAGAGAAAAUAAAACCUAACGAUAAUGACAGCGUCGGCGGCGGUACCGUCAGUACCGUCAGUACUGUUACUGAAGAGAACGUCCACGUAAACGAAGUAGAGGGUCCUGCGUUGAGCUCGAAGGUCUCACCCUCCGCCGCGCCGUCUUCGCAAGACAUGGCGAUGACGCUGGUACCGGUGGCGGCUGGAUGCGUCCUCGUUGUAGGUCUCGGCAUGGGCGUUUGGUCCCUGAGGAACAGAUUUUGCGGCAGUCGCAAAUCCAAGACGGACACGAAGGAACAGGCGACAGUCAGUGUUUCUAAUCUAUCCGACGAUCCUUCUCUCGUCCUGAAGAGGUGGCGAGGUCCAAAGGCUCACAAUAAUCGUUACCAGCCGUGGGAGAAAGAAUUCCAAGCAGGCAUUCAGAAUAAACAGGAAGAUAAAUGGGAAUUUCCCAGGCAUAGAUUGAAGGUCUUCAACAUCCUCGGCGAGGGUUGUUUCGGUCAGGUGUGGAAGUGUGAGGCUCUAGAUAUCGACGGCAAAUCCGGCCCCACGAUCGUGGCGGUGAAGACCCUAAAAGAGAAUGCCACCGAGCGAGAACGAUUGGAUCUCGCGCAGGAGCUACGCGUCAUGAAGAAUCUAGAUCCCCAUCCCAACGUAGUGCGGCUUCUGGGAUGUUGCACCGAACGGGAACCCAUGUUUGUCAUUCUGGAGUACGUGAGCGGCGGCAAGCUGCAGAGUUUCCUCAGAGCCUCCAGAGAGGAGAGGAAUCAUGGAGGGGCAGGGUUGACCUCCAGAGAUCUUACUGGAUUUGUGUAUCAGAUCGCCAAAGGUAUGGAAUACCUGGCGUCAAAGGGUAUUAUCCACAGGGACUUAGCUGCCAGGAACAUCCUGAUCGACGAGAACCGUGCGUGCAAAGUGGCGGACUUUGGCUUUGCCAGAGACGUAGCGGCUAAUCAGAUUUACGAGAGAAAAUCCGAAGGUAGACUGCCAAUCAGGUGGAUGGCACCUGAAAGUUUAUAUGAUAACAUAUUUUCCGUUAAAUCGGAUAUCUGGAGCUUCGGCGUCCUGAUCUGGGAGAUCGUGACACUGGGAUCGACACCGUAUCCUGGUCUCGCUGCCGCAGAGGUAAUGCGGAAGAUCAAAGAAGGCUACAGACUGGACAGGCCUGAGCACUGUAAAAGAGAACUUUACAAUAUUAUGUACUAUUGCUGGGACAAGGAUCCAGCAUGUAGACCGUCCUUUGCCGAGCUCGUUAACUUGACCGAAGGCUUGCUGCUUGACGAGACAGACUAUAUUGAGCUCGACAGGUUUCCAGAUCACUCAUAUUACAAUGUGCUCAAUCUCAGCGGAGAGAAACUGUAAAAACUCACGUGAUGAUCGUUAAUGUUAUGUCAUCCGAUUUUCGCAUAGAUAAGCUGCCACACGUUUCUGCAAUAGCAUUAUCUCUCUCUCAUUUAAUUGAAUGCAUUUUCACAUGAUUACGCGAGUAAACCUUUUGGACUAAAUUAUCAAGCUGGCAAUUUUUUUAUCCUUUUAACCGAAAAGGAUUAUUAAAUUAUAUACGACUGAUCAAAAAAUAAUAUUGCAUUUUUGUAAUAAUGUUUAAUGUUUGCUCGAGAAUGAUUUGAUCCUUUUGUGCUCCUCAUAGCAUAAGACUGUUCGAUCGUUCUGUUAAAUACUCACGUGUGCGUACAUACGAUAAAUACACGAUUUGUAAUAAUUAAGAACGGAAAAAGCAAUUAAAUUUAAACGUGACGUCAUACUUACAAGUCGAAGAAAAGUAUUCCUAAUACUUUAGUCGCUACUCAUUCAUGUCUAAACAUGAACUUGUAUAUAUGUAUUGAGUUAAACAUUGUUGUAAGUUAUUGUACAAUAGUGUGUUAUAAGACUAAAUAAAUCUACAUACAUUAUA